AUGGACCGCAUCAUCCGUCCUGUUGCCCGCCAAUUGUUGAGACCCCGCCAGAGAUAUCCCUUUUCUAUUCCCCCAACUGCUCGCGCGCAAAGACUCUACAGUAUGACACACAGCGCACCACAGUUAAAAGACCAGUCGCUCUUCAUUGAGAAGGCAUACAUUAACGGCGAGUGGGUCGACGCACAGUCCGGCAAGACCUUUGAAGUCCACGACCCUGCCACUGGCAAACUGAUCGGAACAUGUCCCGAGCUCGAUACAUCCGAUGUCGAGAAGGCGAUCCAGGCCGCCUCCGAAGCCUUCCCCAAAUUCCGCACAACCCUCGGACGCGAGCGCGCACGCAUGCUUCGCCGGUGGUACCAGUUGAUGGUCGACAACGCAGAUGACUUGGCUAAGUUGAUUACCUGGGAGAAUGGAAAGCCCCUCGCCGAUGCCAAGGGCGAGGUGAACUAUGCCGCGAGCUUCUUCGAGUGGUUCAGCGAGGAGGCACCUCGCACAUACGGUGACACAAUCCCUUCCACUGUUCCCGGAAACCGGGUCAUUACCCUCAAGCAGCCCGUUGGUGUGUGCGGCCUGAUUACACCAUGGAACUUCCCCGCCGCCAUGAUCACGCGAAAGAUUGGCCCUGCCCUUGCUGCUGGCUGCACAGUCGUGGCCAAGUCUCCCCAGGAGACCCCCUUCACAGCCAAUGCUAUCGCUGAGCUUGCACACCGCGCUGGUAUUCCUAAGGGUGUUGUCAACUUUGUUACCUCCUCCGAGAACACUCCUGCAGUAGGCGAGCUCCUUACUAGCCACCCAGAGGUUCGCAAGGUGUCAUUCACCGGCUCAACCAAUGUCGGCCGCAUUCUUGGAAAGCAGUGUGCCUCGACAAUCAAGAAGGUCUCCUGGGAGCUUGGCGGUAACGCGCCGUUCAUUGUUUUCGAUGAUGUCGAGGACCUCGACGCCGCUGUGGCCGGUGCCAUUGCCUCCAAGUUCCGCAGCUCUGGCCAGACUUGCGUAUGCGCCAACCGUAUCUACGUCCAGGAAGGCGUGUAUGAGGAGUUCUCCAAGCGCUUUGUCCAGAAGGUCAAGGACUUCAAGUUGGGCGCUGGAUUCGGCGAAGGCAUCACCCACGGUCCCGUCAUUCACGAGCGCGCCGUCAACAAGGCCCACCAGCAUGUGCAGGACGCAGCCGCCAAGGGCGCUAAGAUUGUCAUUGGUGGUCAGAAGGCUACUGCUCUCGGUCCCAACUUCUACCACCCCACUGUUCUUACUGGCAUGACCAAGGAUAUGCUUCUCGCUUCGGAGGAGACUUUCGGCCCCGUGGCUGGUCUUUUCCCCUUUAAGACCGAGAAGGAGGUCGUUGACUUGGCUAACCAUGCUGAGGUUGGUCUCGCCGGUUACUUCUUCAGUGGAAAUGUUCGUCGCAUCUUCCGCGUUGCUGAGGCCCUGGAGGUCGGUAUGGUUGGUGUCAACACUGGUUUGAUCAGUGAUGUUGCCUCUCCAUUCGGUGGUGUCAAGCAGAGUGGCUUCGGUCGCGAGGGCAGCAAGUAUGGUAUUGACGAGUUCAUGACUAUCAAGAGUGUGACUUUCGGUGGCAUGGGCGAGCCUCUUCAGGAGUAG